AUGGGGUCUUCAAGUAAAGUGGAGGGCCUGCAAAUUGAAUAUUCCCCCUCAGUUGACACUCACAUAGAAAAUACCACUAGAGGAAACAUCCAUGGCUCGUCUGAGGUAGAGGUACCUGAUAAAGCUUUAAUGAAAAAACCUUUACCAAUUAUCUCAGUACCACAACAGGCUGGGGAGACAAGAAUAAGGUCAGAAGAUAUGGUAUUAGUAUCCUCCUUUGAUUCUCAUGCUCUACCAAUCAGUGAAGCUCCGCGGGCAAAACUUCCAAGAACAUGGAAAAGGAAAGCUGAUUCCUCAGGCAGAUUACAAAGAAAGCAGGGCAAAGAAGAGAUCCCCAUAAUUAUUUCUGACAGAAAGAGAUUAGCAGAUGAUAUAUGUUUCCAUGUGCUCUUUCUCGAAAGUGGCAUUCUCAUUGCCCAAUUCAGGUUUGGAUCAUUCGAUGAUGCACGAGGCGGUCGUAGUGAACUUGAACUCGAAGUCCUCGAACAUCCCGAAGGACUCAAAUCGUCUCUUUUGCACUUUGUACAUAAAAAUACAUGA